AUGCCUGUAACGUUUUGGUGCAAGGUCGAUACAUAUCGUGAACAAAUAUCAAAAUUGGAUCAAGAAUAUGAUGAUGAUCGCAGUAAACGUGAAGAUUUACAAUCGAAGCUGGACGAUAAAGAACGUGUCUAUUUUUCAAAACGUUUGACUUACGAAGUUUAUAAAGAACAGUGUGUAAAAAUGAUCAAACAUCCGGACCAGUAUGUAGUAGACAUAAAAUUAAUAGUUGAAAAAUUUCAGCAAGAAAUAAAACAUUUUGAAAAAGAACUACCCAAACAAGAAUUCAUCAUUGAUACUAUUAAAUCACGUCUUAACUACUUUGAACAACGAAAACAAGAAAUUGACCAAAUGAAAGUUUCUUUGAAAGAAUUAGAUCGUGCGAUUCAAAUAGCAUUAGAAGAUAAAAUAUUAAAAGAAAAUGAAUUAACACGAGUUGAAAAAUGUUUUCGUUUAAUAAAACGAAUUUAUCGUAUUAGAUCGGCUGAUGAUCUUGUACAAAAACUAUAUUAUGAUUUACCCAUGAAGUCAAAACAUAGCAAAAAUGAUCAAACUGGAGAAGUCGUAGAAAAUGAUGAUUUGUCCAAAACACUUAAUCUAGUCUCAAAACAUAUUGGUCGUGACUGGACUCGUCUUUAUUGGCAAUUACGUUUUCAUCCGCCAAGAGGAAAUGAAGAAAAAUCAAAUGAUAUUAGAUCUAUCGAUCGCAAAUAUCAUAGAGGAGACGUAUUUCAAGUAAGAUAUAGCUUACAACGUGAGAACAACACGAAACAAUCAGUGGCGGAUCCAGGUAUGAGCGGCUGCUCUUUUAGGGUACUUCCAUUUAGGUCCGCCCAGUUUAUACAUGACCUAAGAGCCGGAAAAAAUUUGAAGACUCUUUCCGUGUAGAGCAUAAAAAGUUA